AUGGUUUCGAGCGUCAUCUACGACACGGUGGUGUCCGUCAUCCCACCACACAUCAAGGCACAGACUCCGGUCCACCUGCUGGCAUGGAUUCCGGGCAAGUCGCCGAUCUCGACGCUGCCAUCCCUGGUGGCGGCCGUCGUCACCUACCUCGCCGUCAUCUUCGGCGGUCGGGCACUCAUGAAGAACCGCGCUCCUCUCACCACAAGCAUCAAGCUGCCCUUUCUGGUGCACAACUUGGCGCUCACGUUCGGUUCGGGUCUGCUGCUCGCGCUGAUGCUCGAGGAGAUCAUCCCCAUCGUCCGUCGCAACGGCAUCUUCUACGGCAUCUGCGGUGAGGGCGCGUGGACCAUGAAGCUCGAGACGUACUACAUGAUCAACUACUACUUCAAGUACUGGGAGCUCAUCGACACGGUCUUCCUCGUCCUCAAGAAGAAGCCUCUUCAGUUCCUGCACGUCUACCAUCACUCGGCUACCGCUGUGCUGUGCUUCUCGCAGCUCCACGGCAAGACGUCGGUCUCGUGGGUCGUCAUCUGCCUCAACCUGGCCGUGCACGUGCUGAUGUACUUCUACUACGCGCUCACGUCACUCAAGAUCCCGUGCCCCUGGAAGAAGUCGGUUACUACUGCGCAAAUCACCCAAUUCGUAGUGGAUUUGUUCGUCGUCUAUUUCGCCUCGUACAACUAUUUCGCCUACACAUAUUUCCCCAGCGCUCCUCAUUGGGGAACUUGCGCCGGUAAGGAGCAUGCGGCCUUCUCGGGCAUCAUCUGCUUGACCAGCUACUUGUUCCUGUUCAUCGCCUUCUACCAGAGGACGUAUGCCAAGGACAAGGCUCGCAAGGCCGCCGCUGCCAAGCAGAACGGAAAGGCGAAUGGCAAGGUCAACGGAAAAGUCAACGGCAAGUCUCAUUAA